AUGUCUACACCAAAUCAUAUAGUUCAACUUACUCGUUUAGACGAUCUAAGUAAAAAUUGGUCAACAAUCCAUAGUCAAUCUUGUAAUUUAUUCUCUUCCUUAGUUAAUAUUCUAACACAACGUCAAGCAACUUCAAAUGUAUUACAUUCUUCACAAUCAAAAGUAUCUAGAAUUAUUACGAAUACCACAAUCGUCAGUACAAAUAUUUUAGAUCAAAUAUUUCAACCUCAAACUCUUACUCGUGUUAUUUACAAACAAUCUCGAGAGAUUGAAGAAAUUCUUUCAAAAAUUCAUAAAAUUCUUGAAGAAUUUGAAACGAUUGUAAAAUCUAUGAGAAAAAUCUUACUACAAAAUGAUAAAAUAGUUUCUGCUGAUAUAUCAAUUUCUUUAUCUAAUCUUUAUAUAACUCGUAUUGUUGAUAUGUAUGAAAAAGAAUUGAUGUAUAAAAGAAAUUUAGUUUUGGGUGGUGCUUUGGUAAUUGAUCAUUCAGAAUAUGAAAAUAAUGAAACUAAUAAUUUAGGCGGAAUUGCGAUUAAACCAGGAAUUGAUGGUGUAAAAUUGAUUGCUGAAAGGUGGGCAGCUCAACCUUAUUUGGAAUUUGAAAUUGAAGAAGAAAUGGUGGAUAGAAUAAACAUUUGGAAAAAGGUUAAAGAGUUUGAGAAAUUAAAUAAAUAA